GUGUGUGUGUGUGUGUGUGUGUGUGUGUGUGUGUGUGUGUGUUUUCUGAUACUGUUGUUGCAUGUGUGGUCCUGAAGUCAUAGAGUUCAGAAUAAACCUUAGAUCUGAGUCAUUUUGCAUCAAGCAGCCAGUUUGCUUUAUACAAAUAUGCACUUCCCUCUCACCAGCUUUUGGGAAUAGCUUAAUAGUCCAGAGGUGGAUCCAUUCCAGUUAAAGUAAGCCAAGAUUUUGUGGGUGGGGAAGGUGGAGGGAGAGGAAACAAUAAGACUUUAGUCUGAGCAAAUGCUCAUGUGAAUUGGGAAAGGAAGACUGAGGAAUUUUUGAUGCCCAGCAAGGACCCAAAGGGGAGUGGUUUCCUGCAGACUUCUCACAGGUAUGAUAAGGUUACAAACAGGGAAAAUUAUUUGUAGUGUCUGGUGUCUUUUAAUGCAUGCAGUUUCUGUGAAAGAAAUUUCUUUCCCAUUUAAAUUGGCAUGGUCUCUGGAAGUGCUGCUGUGACUGUGGCUCACAAAUCACGUUACGUUACAGAGAAAACGUAGCUCUCCCAUGGAAAAAACGACAACGUGGAGAUAGUGCUUGCUGCUGAUUACGGUAUCCCAAAGAAAAAGUGGCAGAAAGAGGAUAGGAGGGAAAUGUGUCACUAAGGGGAAUCCCAAGUUGCCCGAAGUCUCACAUAAUAAAGACCUGUCAGUAUACUGAAAACCCAAAGAAAGGGAUGGGAGGAAUGAAUGAAUGAAUGACAUCUGUUCCCCUUUUAAAAUUCAAAAACAACAGAGAAAAUAUUGUGACACCUUAAAAACUAGCAAGAAUAUUAUUUCAUUCAGGCAACCCACGUUGGGUAGCCACCGAAAUGUAGAAUCCAGGAUUUGUCAGGCAAAAAUGUCAAACAGUUCAGGUGGCAGGACUGUCGAGAAAACACAAUCUUUGAAACCCUUUGCUCUCUCCACCUCAUGUAUACCGAUUGCUGCUCCCUCCCCUUUUCCUUGUUAUUCCUAUGAGUUGUGCUGAUAAAAAGUGACUGGAAGCUUAAUCUUUGUCCAAGCCACUGAAUACAUACAGCUAUUAAUUUCUCCCUCCUCUUCUGCCUCCUGCCCCCUCUUCCACUCUCUUCUCUUACAUUUUCCCAUAUGGUGACUUUGGAAAAUUCCUCUCUGCAUAGGAAAGGACAGGAAAUUCUCUUUGGGAGAGAGAGUUGCCUAUUCCUCUCCCCCCCCCUCUCCCUUUCUAGUUCUGCUGAUCACAUCUGGAAAGGAUCUGACUUGGGAAAGGGGGAAAGUGUUCGGCUCUUCGAGUGUGUAAUUGACAUGGCAUGAGCAAGCGAAGCCUUGGGGGGGCAACAACAGAAACGCUUUUCUCCAGACACUCACCACUACCAGCUAAACAGAGUGGAAAUGUACUUAAAGUUCAGAUCCCUGUUCCCUGUGCUAUGGCUCUUGGCACUUAGCUCCAGCAGGAUUCAAGCUCGGAAGAAUGCAGACAGCAACGAGUUCCCAGAAGAUUCAUCAGAACUAAUCGACCCAGAACGUAAUUCUUUGGCUCCAGAUUGUCCUAAAAAAUGCACUUGCAAUCCAGAAGGAAUUGUGGAUUGUGGAGGGUUUUCACUGAAAGAAUUUCCCAUAGAUGUACCAGAAUUGACAAGUCACCUUUCCUUACAGAACAAUCAGAUAGAAGAAAUCUUUCCAGAGGAGCUGGCACGUCUUUACAGGCUAGAAACACUCAACUUGCAAAAUAAUAGACUCACUUCUAAAGGACUUCCAGAAGAAGUGUUUGACCAGCUGGAGAACUUGAAUUACCUGUAUCUUGCCAAUAAUCAGCUCACGGCGGCUCCAAAAUGCCUCCCGAGGACCUUGAUCAGUGCUGAUUUUGCAGCCAAUAAUCUUACUAAGAUUUAUGAGCUCACAUUCGGACAGAAGCCAAACCUGAGGUCAGUGUACCUUCACAACAAUAAACUUGAAGAUGCCGGGUUACCAGAAAGCAUGUUCAAUGGUUCUGAUAAUGUGGAGGUCUUGAUCAUGUCCAGCAAUUUCUUAAAAUACGUUCCAAAGAAUUUACCAUCAGCACUGUAUAAACUGCAUCUAAAGAACAACAAAUUGGAGAAGAUUCCUAAAGGAGCUUUUAGCGAGCUCUCAGGACUUCGAGAGCUGUAUUUGCAGAACAACAAACUGACAAAUGAGGGCAUGGACAAUGAAACCUUUUGGAAACUUUCGAGCCUUGAGUACCUGGAUUUGUCCAGCAAUAACCUUUCCCAGAUCCCAAGUGGCUUACCUCGAAACAUCGUCCUUCUCCACCUAGAGAAGAAUGCAAUUAAUUCAAUAGGCAGGGAUGUCUUGACCCAGAUCAAGAACCUGGAAUACCUUCUGCUUCACAAUAACAAGUUGAAGGCCCGGGGGAUCCACCCUCAGGCUUUCCAUGGCCUGAAGAAGUUACACACAGUCCACUUGUACAACAACCAGCUGGAAAAGAUCCCCAGUGGGCUGCCCAGACGGGUUAAAACUCUUAUGAUUCUUCACAACCAGAUAUCAGAAAUUAGCAGAAAUGAUUUUGCUACCACUUAUUUUAUGGAGGAGCUAAACCUUAGUUACAAUAAGAUCACCAGCUCACAGAUUCAUCGGGAGGCUUUCCGUAAGCUGAGGCUACUGAAAUCCUUGGAUCUUUCAGGCAAUAAUCUCAAUACCAUGCCUUAUGGCUUCCCAAAGAACCUGCUAAGCCUGAAGUUGAAAGUGAACGAGAUCAGCUCUAUUCCCAGGCACACGUUAUCUGGGAUGUCAAAGCUGCAGGAGCUGUAUUUGAGCAACAACAAAUUGAAAGUCGGUUCAAUAUACAGUGGGUCGUGGCAGGAUCUCACCAGUCUCAAGACAUUAGACAUGGCUGGCAAUCAGCUGGCUUCUAUUCCAUCUGAUUUGCCAGAAUCUCUAGAGUAUCUGUACCUCCAGAACAACAAGAUUACCACAGUGCCAGAAGAUGCCUUUGAAUCCACACCCAACAUAAAGGGCAUUUAUCUCAGGUUUAACAAGAUUGCCUUCAAUGCAGUAAAAGAAAGCACAUUCCAGAGGCUGAAACAUCUACAGGUGUUGGACAUAGAAGGAAACUUUGAAUUCAGCGAUCCUUUGAAGAAUAGGAACCAUUCGGAUGAGGAAAUGGAAGAGGAGGAGGAAGAGGAAGAACAGGAGGUGGAAGAGUAAUGAAGAUAAACUUCGAUUGAACCAAGUGUAUCACAUGGAACUCCUUCAGCAAAGCGGCAUGCAUUCCUGUGUUUAUGUAUCUAUAUAUAUCUGUAUCUCCAUAGAUAUACAGAGAGCACUUAGCAAACAGUGCAACGAAUUUCAUGCAGGCGGUUGGCUCAUGUGAUGAUGCUUGGCCAGGCCAGUUGAAGAGAGUCUGCUAAUGUUGUGGGGGAGACCCCUAAGUGCCACCCCAUAUCUUAUACUUCAUCUUGUCCAAGUACUUUCUGGAUCAUCAGGGAUUCUGGGGGAAUUUUCAAAAGCUGGCUUUUGUUCCCCUUCUUUCACUUCUCUCACAGUUUUCCUAUGCUAAUGAAAGCGAAACUCUUUAGAGCAAGUUCCCUCAAACAGUGUUUCUGUGUCACUGCGUUUCAAUGAACCACUGCGCUCAAUGAUGGGAGAAGGGAGAGUAUCCCGUGUGGUUUUGUUUUGUAGAGCAACUUGAGGCAUCUGAGAACCAUCAGAUGGCAAGAAGACUGACUUACCACACUGGACAUAUCUGUCCCCCUUUUUUGGUUCAGUUCAGUAUGUAUAUUUGGAUUAAGAAAGAAAUCCUAUUACGGCUGGAUCCCAUAUAUAAUUUAUCCCCAUUCCCAAAGCCUGCAAUAUGCACCCACCUUUAUGAAGGUUUAAAAUAUCAAAUUAUUCUGUUUUGUGAAAAUUAAAAUAUAUUUUUGCCUUUGAGAGAUUUGUCGAAGUUCCUUUGUGUGUGUGUGAGGGGUGUGUGUGCAGGGUGGUUGCUAAUAUCCCUUGGACAAAGGAAAUCAUAUGGACUUAUGAAGUUGGUCCAUCUAACUUGGUACUGCCCAGUCUAUUGGUCUUCAAUUAGUGGGUUGGGACCCACCACUGGAUUACAGUUUGACCUAAGGUGGGUCACAACAACACUGUACAAAAAUAGAAUAAAAAGAAGUGGAUCCCCAAGUACAUUUUUGGAAUGUACCUCUCCCUAAUUUUUCUUUAAGAAAUAUUGUCUUUGAUGCCUCUUCUCAUUUGGGUUCUCAGCUUCCACACGUGGGCACACGUGAGAAACAGUGUUUGUUGACAAAUCAUGUCUUAUUCAGCUUGUUCAGGCUGUCUAACAAAUGGGUAGAUCCACACCAUACAUGCAGAGCACAUUCAAAGCACAUGACUUGCCCCAUAGAAUCCUGGGAACUGUGAUUUCUCCUUCACCAGGCAACAGUUCCCAGCAGCCUUAAGAGAACUACAGGAUCCUUUGGGGAAAGUCAAUUGGUCUAAAUGUGUGUUGAAUGUGCAUGUGACUAUAACUGUGGAAAUCUGAUUUUACAGUGGAGAGUUGUUUCUUUUUACUGCUCACAACCUUAUUUGAAGUUCCUGUGCACAAUUUCAUAUACUGUAUAUAUACACUGUAUAUUGAUGUCUCCCCUCCUUUCUUCCCAAACACAGUUUAGCUUUUUACAUCUCUGGACAAGUGGAUAAGCAGCACUGUUUCUGUUGGGGCUUAGCAAAGAGCUUGGAACAAGAGAAGCAUUUGAAAUCCAGAAAGAGAGGUUUCUAAUUGUAGACCAGCAGGGAAAACACCUGAUAAAAAUCUGUGCCAACCAACCUUGCCAAGAAAUCUUGACUUUAGGAUGGCCAGCUACUUCCUUCCCAACCUGGGCCUCUCCAAAUGAUCAUGUUAUUGCACAAUGCAAAUGCAGCUGUUACUCAAUUGACCAAAGGAUCUGGGGCAAAGACGAGAUUGAGAGAGAGAGAGACACCCAGAUAUCUUUAAUUAAGGCAGGGUCGCCUCAUGUUUCUUAACCCUUUAACUGUAAUAUUUUCUUUAGGAAAUGUAAUAUCUGCUUGCAACUAGAGAGCCACUUGCAAUCUGAAGGGCAGGGUAGAAUGUGGGUGCCAAGUGUCAUUUUGAUGAGUUUUGGUGAUACCACCAGUGCACUAUUUCAAAAUUUUGAUGCACAUGGUCACAGAUUAUGGGAGUUGUAGCCCAAAACAUCUGGAGGACAGCAUGUUAGCUGCUCCUGUGCUAUAUUCCAGCUCGGUAGUAAAAAUCCCACUGCUUUUUCCUUAAAUUCACCAAAAAGUUCACUGUCUGUGUAAGUGUGUGUGUUUGUUUAGACUUUGGACUCCAGGCAACCUCUUUAUUGAGCAUUCAACCUGAUUUGUUUGCACAAUGCUUACCUAUGUGGUAGUGGUUAGACUCUAUUGAGGACUGGUUUUGAUUUGUUUCUCAGGACAGUCAUUCAUCCAGCAUCCAUCCAGAUCUGCAGGGUGUGUUCACCUCUCUCUCCCUGAAACAAGGCCUGAAGCCAGCUUGACAUGGGUCCUCUGUGGUGUCAUAGUAACCUUACUCCUGUUAUGAAUCCAGGCCUCUGUUUUCCUCCCCAUUCUAAGCUUCAGUGCCUAGCAGCUAUGGAAGAGUACCCUGGGUAGAAGGCAGACAUCACAGUGUACUAGGCUGGCUGGCUAGCUGGCUUCCUAUGCUCCCUGGAGCUAGCCACCUGACUUACUGCUACCACUAGCCCAAUAGUUCUCUCCUCUGAGCAGUCCUCCACCUCCCUUGCAAUCACGCCAGAUACUAGCAACUGGAGUAGUGCAUUAGGCAGGUGUGUGUGUCUCUGUGUGUGCAAACAGUUUUAUGAGAGAGUAUUUUUUUUUGGUAUGAAAGAGUUUGUGUGUGCAUACAGCAAGUAAAUAUUUUCCAGGGGCUUAAUUCCUUGAAAUUAUGCCAUGUUGUGAUGACUUGUAUUCUGUGGUUACAUUGGUUCACUUUUGCUUUGCAUUGGUUUUGAAAUCUCUACAAUAGGUUCACUGUCCUUUGCACACAAGAAAUGCUUAGCCUACGUGUUUCUCAUGUGUAAAAAGAGUAAAUAUUAUUGUUGACAUCAGAUGUCAAAGAGAAAAACAGCUACCAGAUUUUUAGAAGACUUUCUGAAGGCAGCCCUGUAUAGGGAUGCUUUUAAUGUUUAAUCGAUUAUUUUAUUUUUCUGUUGGAAGCUGCCCAAAGUGGCUGGGGAAACCAGCCAGAUGGGCGGGAUAUAAACAAUAAAUUAUUAUUAUUAUUAUUAUUAUUAUUAUUAUUAUUAUUAUUAUUUAGAUUACAU